AUGGGAAGGGCUGGCGCGGCCAUGCCCAGCUGAUCAUCCAGAUGUGCAGGUACAUUCCAGAGGUUGUAGGAGCCACUGGCAGGGGUCUGCGGACUUGAGGAGUUGGAGAAACGGUGCUACUGCUCCAGUGUCCCUUGGAGGGGGAGCAGUUUCUCAGGCGGGAGAAGGGAAUUAUUGUGCUCGCUCGCUUCCCCCUCGCCCCCAAUUUGUUUUCUAUAGGUGGCGGAAAGAUCACGCUGUCAUUAAAGGCACAUCCCCUCCCUUUGUGCCGGUGCCAGGAAGGGAGAGACAGAUAAACAGUCACUCCGCGGUGGUGGGGGAGUUCAUUGGCGCCCCAGAUGAAGCCGAUCGCUCGCGGACGUGUCAUUAUGAGUCCUACCUGCCAAGGGGAAAGGGGCUGCUCCGUUGUCCCUGCCCUCUCGCUCUGAGAAAGAGUUGAAUGACGCGCUGGGCUCUUGUUAUUAUUGUUCCAGCUGGCAAGCGUCAGGGAUGAAGAGACGGGGAUGUUUGUGGAGAACAGGAUGCAACGUUGACUCCACCGAUCCGCGCAACACCCUAAGGGUUAAAUAUGAUGAGGAAGAGGAGGAAGCGAGGAGGCCGGCUCGCCUGCCCAUGCAGCAGCCCAGUCCCGCCGCCGCCGGAGUCCCGCAGACCUGCAUGGACGGGCAUGGGGAGAGCAGCACCUUCCUGCGCCGCCGCCGGGGCUGAGCAACGCCACCGCCGGCUGCACCAGUCGCCGCCGGCCGCCCUGUUUCUCCUCUUCAACAUCGGGCUGCUGCUGCGCACAGGUGACUGCCAGCUUCAAACACCGUGUCGAAUCCAGAAGUGCACCACAGAUUUUGUGUCAUUAACUUCGCAUCUAAACUCUGCUCUUGAUGGCUUUGAUUUGGAGUUCUGCAAAGCCCUGCGGGCAUAUUCUGCCUGCACCUAUCGCAAUUCCAAAGUCUGUCGUGGAAACCUAGUUUAUCAUUCUGCUGUGCUAGGGAUCAGCGACCUCAUGAGCCAGAGAAACUGCUCCAAGGAUGGGCCGACAUCUUCUACUAACCCUGAAGUUACCCACGACCCCUGUAAUUACAGUGGCCGCAUAGGAGCCAGAGAACUUCGGGGAGGGGAGCAAACCCCUCCUACUUACCUCUUUUGUGGUUUGUUUGGUGAUCCUCACCUUAGGACUUUUAAGGAUCACUUUCAGACAUGCAAAGUGGAAGGUGCCUGGCCUCUCAUAGACAAUAACUACUUAUCAGUGCAAGUGACGAAUGUGCCUCUGGUGCCAGGAUCCAGUGCUACUGCUACAAAUAAGAUAACUAUUAUCUUCAAAUCAUACCAAGACUGCACAGAGCAGAAAGUGUACCAGGCAGUGACUGAUGACCUACCAGCGGCUUUUGUAGAUGGUACGACAAGUGGAGGUGACAGUGACACCAAGAGCUUGCGCAUAGUGGAGAGAGUCAGUGGCAGAUACGUGGAGAUGCACGCCAGGUACAUCGGGGCCACUGUGUUUGUGCGCCAAGUUGGACGUUACCUAAUGCUGGCCAUUCGCAUGCCAGAAGAGCUGGCCAUGGCUUAUGAAGAAAGCCAGGACCUCCAGCUGUGUGUGAAUGGCUGCCCCUCGAGUGAACGCAUUGAUGACAGUGGUCACUUACCUUUGCCCGUUAUGGGGCAGCUUCUUCCACAUGCUGCCUCUACUCAGCCCUGGUCUGUGUACACACUGGAGAGUGCCACUACCAAAUGCCAUGAGAAGAUGCUGGUGAAGGACAUCUAUUUUUACUCUUGUGUGUUUGAUCUGCUCACCACUGGUGAUGCUAACUUCACGGCAGCAGCGCAUAGUGCCUUGCAAGACGUAGAGGCACUGCACCCCAGGAAAGAGCGCUGGCACAUCUUCCCCAACAGUGGAAAUGGUGACAUGGGCAAAAAUAGUAAAUUGUCCGUUAGUCUUGGACUUGUGUGUUUAAUCCUUCUUGCGUUUUUGUAGGGUUUUUUGUCUAUAACAAAGUUUUUAAAAUAUAUAUUGUCAUAAUAUAUUGAGUAAAGCUAAGAGUAUAUAUGUAUAUACCAUGUAUAUGAAGGGAUGUUUGUCUUGGGACACCCUCCAGAUUGUACAUAUCGUGUUUCUGUUUUACGUGUAUGUUGGAUGUAGUAUUCUUUGAUUUGUAUCCAUUUGUUUUGCAGUUGGUGAAAUGUUUUAUAAUGUCCCUGCAUUGGGACCUCAUA